AUGGCAUCCAUAAAUCUGACGACCAAGGCAGCAACUCCGUUUCACGAGAGUCGUCAGCUCGAUCUUGCACAGACGUCCUGUCGCUUCUCCGGUCUGGCGACUGGCCUGAUCUACACAAUCGUUGUGCAGACGACCACUCGGCCAGACGCAAAUGGGUUCGGCGGUGGACUUGGCGAGGUUGCGUUUGUGGUUGGACAAACGGUUCCCUCCAACACGAGUCUCGACUGUCUCUCGGUUUCUACGUCCGCUAGUGAUUCGAGCGUUUCUGUUCGGCCAACUGGAGCAGAGCGGGAUUCGGUCUCGGCGAACAGAUUCGGCCAAUCAGGCGCGUUGUGGUCGGCACGGUCGUUGAAGCUCUUGGGCUCGAGUCCCGUCGGGAGAGCGGGCGUUGAUCUGGGCCUCGAGGCUCUUGCGAAUAGCGUGGAAAAGCCGAACUGUGGAAACGGCCGACUCGUGGAACUUGUCGCCUCGAAGUAUAAUGCCCCGACAGCACCCAGAAACCUCCGUUUUCCGAUGGUCGACGAGGCCUCGUUCCUGCUGGCCUGGGACGCUCCGGAUCCGGCCAACGCGAUCAUCUCUUCGUACCGGAUCGCGAUAAACACCAGCUCCUCGCAACAGCCCACCGUCAUGGACACCGCCAGCGACAUGACGUCCAAGUCGGUCUUCCGUCUGACCAGACUGCAGGUCUACACCAUCCGAGUAGCCGCCGUCGGCAAACAGGACGUCGACGGCAGAGGCGGCGGACUGGGCGCCUGGUCGGAACCGGCCUUGGUUCAGACGGCCUAUCCACGUUAG